CUUCGUUUGUUUUGCUUACUUUUUUGACCGACUUCUGGGACAAGAACAACAUCGAGAGCUACAGCAACAACAUGGAUGCCGAGGCGCCAGUUCAACUAGAGAAAAAUCAGACAGCAACAGUUCCGAGACAGGAAACUGUGGAGGGAGGAUCCACGGGUGAAACGGCAGGUGGAGGUGCAGCAGGUGCCAAGGUCACGAAGGAACAGGAUCACGAUGCGGAGUAUCAUCCGCCUACAAGCUAUCUGGAGACCAUCGUGCACCUAUUCAAGGGCAAUAUUGGGCCUGGUCUGUUCGCCAUGGGAGAUGCCUUCAAGAACGGAGGUCUCCUGGUGGCCCCACUCCUGACUGUGGUCAUAGCAGUGGUGUCCAUCCACUGCCAACAUGUCCUAGUGACCUGCUCCAAGAAGAUGCGCGAUCUCAAGGGCGAUAGCGUAUGUGCGGACUAUGCCCAGACAGUGGAGCAGUGCUUCGAGAAUGGUCCGUCAAAGUUGAGGGGCUGGUCCCGAACGAUGGGCCGUCUGGUGGACAUAUUCAUUUGUGUGACCCAGUUGGGCUUUUGUUGCAUAUACUUUGUAUUCAUCAGCACGAAUCUGAAGCAGAUCCUGCAAGCCUACGAUAUCGACAUGGACGUCCAUCUGGUGAUGCUGCUGGCCUUCGUACCCGUUCUACUCAGUUCACUAAUCACGAACCUUAAGUGGCUGACCCCCGUCUCUAUGUUCGCCAAUGUUUGCAUGAUCCUGGGACUGGCCAUAACGUUGUACUAUGCCCUCAAGGACGGACUGCCGGAGGUGGAGGAACGCGCCCUCUGGACGAAUGGCUCCCAGGUGGCUCUCUUCUUCGGCACCGCCAUCUUUGCCUUCGAAGGCAUUGCCUUAGUGAUGCCGCUGAAGAACGCCAUGCGAAAGCCACACCAGUUCGAGCGACCAUUGGGUGUGCUCAAUGUGGGCAUGUUCCUCGUCUCCGUCAUGUUCAUGUUCGCUGGAUCAGUGGGCUACAUGAAGUGGGGCGAGCAGGUCGGAGGAAGCUUGACCCUCAAUCUGGGCGAUACCAUACUGGCCCAGGCGGUCAAACUGAUGGUGUCCGUUGGAGUACUUCUCGGUUAUCCACUGCAGUUCUUUGUGGCCAUCCAGAUUAUGUGGCCAAGUGCCAAGCAAAUGUGCGGCAUCGAAGGACGAUCACUGCUUGGAGAGCUCGGUUUCCGCACUUUCAUGGUCCUGGUGACUCUUGCCAUCGCGGAAAUGGUUCCGGGCCUGGGACUAUUCAUAUCGCUGAUAGGCGCACUAUGCUCAACGGCGUUGGCCCUGGUGUUUCCACCAGUCAUCGAGUUGAUCUCAAGGAGCGUGCUGAACAAAGGACCAGGCAUCUGGAUUUGCGUGAAAAACUUAGUCAUUCUAGUGAUGGCUUUGCUUGGCUUCUUCACUGGCUCCUACGAAAGCCUAAAGCAAAUUGUCAAGCACUUCGGGGAGGAAGAGGUGCACUGAGAAUUAACCAACAAUUGAGGGCAACAUGGAUAACUAAAGAUCCCCAUCCAGUCGUCAUCAACAUAGCUGAAAAAGAAAAUAGCCGGAGUCCUUCAAGAACAGAUCAUUACGAGAUCAAGCAAUAUAAAACUCAAAGGAUCAACCAAAUCAACAUAUUAGUUACAAAAAUAUUUUGGCUGAACUACUCAUUUUUAUAAACGCCAAAAUUCCCAAAUAAUAUUAACAACGGACUCAGGACUCCGGCGCGAAAUGUAAGAAAUAUUAAAACAGGAGACGACUACCAAAAAUGGAUUUUAGGAGAAACACAACGAUUAACGAUCUCCUAGUUUUUGAGAUGCCAAAUCAGUUGGGAUGCCUUAUACGAACAAUACAGGAGUGGCAGAGGAUCAUAUUUAUCAAAGCGAAAUGAUAUACCAAACCUCAAUGAUAUAAAGCUUUAAAGAUAAUGAGAAAAACAAAGGCAAACAUUUAACAACAUUUAUUUUAGCAAUAUGGUCAGCGUAUCACAAAAACAUUUUGAAGCAAUUUAAAAUGUACCCACUCUUAAUCCUUAAUUAUUUACAUAAAAACACAAUAUGCUUGCGAAUUUACCAUCAACAACAAAAACGCCCAUUUAUAUAUAUUUAUUUAUACGUAAGUGCCUUCUUUUGUGUCUUAGUAAGCGUGUAGCGCAUUUUACCUACUAUAAUUGAUUAUUUUUUUAAUAGAUAUUAAGUGAGAAUAAACAAUGCGACGUUCGUUUUGACGUCAUCGCAACAUGACAAGAA